AUGAGUCCGCUGAACGGCGUCGCUCGUUCCUUUCCGCGGCCCUUCCAGGCCGUGACCAGGCGGCCUUUUCGAGUUGUCCAGCCGGCCAUCGCCUGUCCGUCCAACAGCCGGUCGUUUAACCAUUCUCGAUCAUUACGAUCAACGGGGUCUCAGUCCCCCGCUCCAUCCCCACGCGACUCCUCGAAUCCCGCGCUGUCCUUCCCUUGCCUCGACGCCCAGGAGGCCAAGUCCGCUCUUCUUUCCGCGCGAUCUCUUGGUUCAGGCCCUGAACCCUCCUAUACCGCCGGCCACCACGAACGAUUCCAUUCCGACGAACCGCUGCUCCUUGAUUGGGGCGGUUUGCUUCCAGAAUUUGAUAUCGCAUAUGAGACAUGGGGCCAGCUGAACGAGAAGAAGGAUAAUGUCAUUCUGCUGCAUACCGGUCUGUCUGCAUCUAGCCAUGCGCACAGCACCGAAGCGAACCCGAAGCCCGGCUGGUGGGAGAAAUUCAUAGGUCCUGGGAAGACGCUAGAUACGGACAAGUACUUUGUGAUCUGCACCAAUGUCCUUGGAGGGUGCUACGGUAGCACGGGGCCCUCGACGGUGGACCCGUCGGAUGGGAAGAAGUAUGCUACGCGGUUUCCCAUCCUGACAAUUGAAGAUAUGGUGCGAGCGCAGUUCCGCCUUUUGGACCAUCUUGGGGUUCGGAAACUCUACGCGUCCGUCGGCUCCAGCAUGGGUGGUAUGCAGAGUCUUGCAGCCGGUGUUCUGUUCCCAGAGCGAGUGGGCAAGAUUGUGUCGAUUAGCGGUUGUGCUCGAAGCCAUCCGUACAGCAUUGCUAUGCGCCAUACCCAGCGGCAGGUGUUGAUGAUGGAUCCAAAUUGGGCUCGAGGUUUCUACUACGAUUCGAUCCCACCUCAUUCAGGCAUGAAGCUCGCUCGCGAGAUUGCCACCGUCACGUACCGCAGCGGACCAGAAUGGGAGAAACGCUUUGGUCGGAAACGGGCUGAUCCGAGCAAACAGCCUGCGCUUUGCCCCGACUUUCUCAUCGAGACGUAUCUCGACCACGCCGGUGAAAAAUUCUGCUUGGAAUACGAUGCCAACAGCCUGCUCUACAUCUCCAAGGCGAUGGAUCUGUUUGACCUAGGGUUGACUCAGCAACUCGCGACGAAGAAGCAGAGGGCGGAGGCCCAGGCGAAGAUUAGCAGCGGAACAAACACUGUCAAUGAUGCGUCGUGCAGCCUUACACUUCCUGAACAGCCAUACCAGGAGCAGCCAUCUGCCUCGACAUCCGCCGAGCAGUCUGCUUCCGCUUCAGAGACCGGGUCGGCUCCGAACGAUCUUGUUGCCGGGCUUGCGCCGCUGAAAGACCAUCAGGUGCUGGUAAUCGGAGUCGCAAGCGACAUUCUCUUCCCGGCGUGGCAACAGCGCGAGAUCGCGGAGACUCUGAUUCAAGCAGGGAACAAGACCGUGGAGCAUAUUGAGCUGGGCAACGACGUGUCUCUCUUUGGUCAUGACACAUUCCUCCUUGAUGUCAAGAACGUCGGAGGCGCAGUUCGCAAGUUCCUGGACUAG